AUGCUGCUGAGAAGCUUACACAGUCUUUUACAACUACCAUUUUUUUCGGGUGGUGCAAAUAAGGGGAUAGAUCCAAAUUGUCCCAUUAAUAUCCCCUUAUCAUGUUCUAAUAAAACCGAUGUAAACAACACAUGUUGUUUUGAAUAUCCUGGUGGAAUAUUUUUGCAAACCCAGUUCUGGAACUACUUUCCAAGUAAGUCGGAUUUAAAUGAAACAGAAAUAGUAAACGAACUUGGGCCUUUAGAUUCAUUUACAAUUCACGGAUUAUGGCCGGAUAAUUGCCACGGUGGUUAUCAACAAUUUUGUAAUAGAUCCCUACAAAUCGACGACGUUUACUAUUUAUUACAUGACAAGGCAUUCAAUAAUGACACAUCUCUAGAAAUAUCUGGUAAAAGGCUGCUAGAAUAUUUAGAUCUAUAUUGGAAGAGUAAUAACGGUAAUCAUGAAUCCUUAUGGAUACAUGAGUUUAAUAAACACGGUACAUGUAUUAGCACAAUUAGGCCAGAGUGCUAUGCCGAGUGGGAAGUUAAUGAUGUUGACAAAAAAAGAGCAGUAUAUGAUUAUUUUAGAAUAACCUAUAACCUAUUCAAGAGAUUGGAUACGUUUACUAUACUAAAGAAAAACAAAAUCGUACCAACUGUAGAUGGUUCUUAUUCUUUGGAGCAGAUCAAGAUUGCACUAAGUAAAGAGUUUGACGGAAAGCAAGUUUUCAUCGGCUGUGAUAGGCAUAAUUCUUUAAAUGAAAUAUGGUAUUACCACCAAUUGAAGGGUUCGCUCUUGAGCGAAAUGUUCGUACCUAUGGAUUCGCUUGCCAUUCGAACAAAUUGUAGGACCGACGAUAUUAAAUAUUUUCCUAAAGGUUAUGUACCACCUUUCCGGAGAAGACCUAAUAAGGGAGAAGCGUAUAGAGGCAUCAUUCGUCUAUCAAAUAUUAAUAAUGGUGACCAGAUGCAGGGCUUUUUAAUCAAGAAUGGACACUGGAUGAGUCAAGGUACACCAGCAAAUUACGAAUUAAUCAAAUCACCCUAUGGAAAUUAUUACUUAAGGACCAACCAAGGGUUUUGUGACGUCAUUACUUCUUCUUCUAGUGAAUUAGUUUGCAAAUUCAGGAAUAUUAAGGAUGCAGGUCAAUUCGAGUUUGAUUCAACAAAAGGAGGGGAUGGAUACAUUGGUUAUUCUGGUAAAUACAAUUGGGGAGGUGAUACCUAUCCCAAGAGAAGGAAUCAAAGCCCUAUUUUUUCUUUAAAUGAUGAACAGGAUUCCAAGACAUAUGUGUUCAAAUUAAAAUUCAUCAAGAAUUAG